AUGUCCGCACCCGUCCAGCUCAAGAAUCGCUCCGCAAGACUUGCAGGCCUCGCACCGCGUCGAGUUAUCGCCUUCCAGGAUGGCAGCAACGGCAACGGCGGUGUGCCUUCGCCGCCUUUCGCUAAGAUGCUCCAGCUACGCAAGCAAGUUGUGCGCCGCGCGCUGCAGACGCGUGCCAUCGAGUGGACCGCCAUCUCGCAGAAGCUGACUGACCCGCGUGCCCGCGCUGCCCUGGACAGCCUCCGUGACGUGCACGGCCAGGUCGCCGCCGAGGCCCGUAACUACGUGAAGGAGCCUGAGGCGAUCGACUUCGAUUACUACCGCUCGGUCAUCAAGAACAAGGAGCUGGUGGACGCCAUGGAGGCUAACUACAAGAGCAUCUCCUUCCCGACCAUCACUCCCGAGGAGCUGGACGCCUCUGCCAAGUCGGCUGACCUUCCGGAGGAGCUGCGUUUGAACGAGCAGGAGACGGUCGACAAGCUCUUCGCCCAGCUGGACGAGAAGGUGACGGACUCGAAGGCCCGCAUUGAGGAGCUGAAGGAGCUCAUCGGUCUGAUGGAGGAGACCCGCACGACGCUGGCCACGACUAUGGAUGAGGUGACGGCCAUGUACCCGGAGGUUGAGGAGGAGAUCGACGACGAAAUCGCCAACCUCGACUGGGAGAAGGACACGCAGUAAGAUGCUGUCAUCUAAGGACAGAUAAAAAUCUUGGACGCUGCAGCUUUCUACAAGAAUACAGAUGCAAAGUGGACGAGGGAGGCUUGAUCAAGCAGGCGAGCAAGUGAGCACGUACAGCACAAAUCGAGCUCUCCUCGUGGUUGGUGUAUCCUCUUUAAUUGCCAGCUCUUCCAAACACGCAAAUUGAAGUGGGUUUGCAUGUGUCU